AUACCAAAAUACAUCUAAUAUAUAAUUAGGUAGAUAGAUUGGGAAGAUGUCUACAGUGUCUGGAGCAUGUAUUGUUUCAAAGAUAUCUGGAAUGAUCCAUAUUAAGGAGGAUGCAACCCCUCUGGUGAUUGAAUGGACAGCCAUAGAUCAGCUGAAAGUGGUAACGAUCCCAUUGAACGCAUUAACUAAUCUCCAAGCAUCCAAGGAAACUACUCCCAAGCUUAUGCUUAAGCUUACAUAUAAAGUUGCAGAAGAGGAAACCAAGGAUUUGAAAUUAACAUUUUCCAACCGACCAACAAUGAAUAAUGUGAAAGAUGUCCUUCAAAGUAUUCUUGCUAGACUGAGAACGGUUGUCAAAGAUGUCCCAGUCAAUACACGGGUUGAAGGACCUGGUAGUGGUAUCAAUGGGGGUACUUCUACUGGUGGGGGUGUACAGGGGAGUGGUGGUGCUGGGACUCCUGGUCCAUCUUCAGGAUCAGAACCACCAACGUCAAGUAGUAAUGCCAUCUUGGCCAGUGCAGAUAAUCUUAAUUUUUCACAUCCACAAUCACUUUCAGAUGCUGCACUUCUUAAAAAUCAUACUCUUCAACAGAAACUUUUACUUGAAGAUAAGUUACUUAGAGAAAAAUUCACUCAAGCGGUGAUAAAUUUUAAACUUUCUCCGGUGAUGUUUUGGCAAACAAGAUUGAACCAAUUAAGAACUUUUGCAUUAACCAUUUCACAACAUAGAGGUCCAUAUAAUGUUCUUUCUACCAUUAAGCCUGUUGCAUCCUCGGAUAACCAGGUCAAUGUGAAUGUUACCAGAGAUACCAUCAGAGAGAUCUUUGAUACAUAUCCAAUCAUUAAAAAGCUGUUUGACGAUUUAGUACCAGCAAAAUUUCCUGAAGGUGAGUUUUGGUCAAGAUUUUUCAAUUCUAAACUUUUCAGAAGAUUACGUGGUGAUAAGAUUAAUAACUCAAAUGAAAGAGGUGAUGUUGUAUUGGAUAAAUAUUUAUACGUUGAUGCUGAUUUUGUAGAAGCUGAGGCUGCCAAAACACAAGCAGCAGCUGCUACAACUACUGGUGCCACUACUAGUGCGGGGACUGCAGCUUCUACAACUGACGGUCUGGCAUCCGGAACAUCGAAUGCCGAGAAUAAACUAUCGGAUUCCGCCCCAACUAAAACUGAUUCAGCAACUUUAGAACCAGCACAAAAACGACAGAAAUUAUCUAAACUUAUUGACUUACUCGCCAAUGAAGAAGAUAACUCCCAAAAAUUGGGUAAUCAACCGGAUAUAACUAUGAGAUAUGGAGACAAUGCAGCCAACUUGUUAAAUAAUCCAAAGAAUAAAUCAGGAGCAUUAAAUGGAGGAGAAAAUGAAAUGUUAGUUAUCAUGAGAAAUAUGAAUAAAUUGAGUUCUAAAAUGGUCAAUAGUACUCGAGCUGCUGCAGAAGAUCUCGAAGAUCAUGCGGCAGCUGAGGCCAAAUCCCUUCAACUACAAGAUCUUCAUGAGACAGAAGAGAUUCAUUACACUACGCUUAAGAUAAACAAUGAGCCGGUGGUUCAAGAAAGCACCAAUAUAGAAGUUACUACCCCGUUGAAUAUUUUAAAUGAGUUUAUGUUACGAGAGAAAUUUGAGAAUUUAGGGAAUGGUAUUGACCUUUGUGAAUCAUAUUCUACGAAGAAAGAUGAUAUUGAAAAGACAUCUAUUGAAAUAAAUUCAUUAAUUAAACAUAACUUUAAAACAUUCAGAUUAGGAAGUGGAGGAGGUAAUAUGUCUGCCACUGCACUUGCAGCUCAAACAAUUAUUCCGGUGCUGAUUAUACAAGACAUUAUUACAACACAUAUUACCAGUAUGGAGCUCUUAACUCAUUUUUGGCGAGGAUUUCUUAGCGGGGAUAGUAGUCAGGCAGUUGCUACGAGAAAGAUUGUUAUUUCCCUUAAAAAAUGUUUAGCUCAUUUUGAUACUAUUGAAGAACAAUGUCUUGAAUUAGUUAAAACACAUACCACCGAUGAAAAAUUACGGGAAAAAUUGACCAAGGAAGUGAAGGAAAGUUUGAUGUGUGAUCGGAAUGGGUUGACUAGGGCAUGUAGGGAAUUCCAGCAAGCAUUGAACGCUGCGGAAAGUGUAUAG